CCAUUUCGUUGCGAAUUGCGAGGACACUCGAACUCUCCCUAUUCCUCUAAACAUUCGCUACUUUACCGGUGCAAGUGAAGAUAUGGUUCUGCUUCCAGCACGCCCCCCAAUGUCGCACAGCAUAGAUCAGCUGCUAAAUCAAUCAUCAUGACGUUCGGUGCCAAGCUUGCAAGACUUCCAUCUGCUCUUGUCCUCCGCUUCCAUCUACAACGGCCUGGAGCCAGCUUGAGAUAGCCAAGGAAUCAUCCCAUUGCAAACUUGACUAACACACACGCCAAUCGUCGGACCUUUGGGAGCGCGCAUCGUUCGUACGUGAGAUUGCGAUUGGACACUAGCUGACUACGUAAACGCCAUUUUGUACAGUCCGCCAACAUCCAAAGCCCGCCAUGGCUGCCGUCUCCGUCCCUGAGGCCUUCAUCCUCCUCACACUUCCCUCCGCGUCCCUCACGACGAACGGGUUCACGCACUCGGGAGACCUGCAGUUACAACACAUCACCGCCAGCGUCCCCGAUGAAAGCGGCGUAGUCCACGAGGAGGUGUUCCUUGUCCUCCGCCUCCGCGAGCUCGAGAUUGCCCUCGAUCCCGAUCGUCCGGUGUCCCUCAGCACUGCAGACCCCCACCGCCGGAUAUACACCUUCGGCGCCUCAACGGGCGACGCGGCGGAGGAGAUUCAGCUAGCUGUCCCCGCGAGCACUCCCGCAGGUGACCUCGAGACGCUCGACACCGUGCUCUCGCAGUACUUCGCCGCCUUCGAGAACGAGGGCGCGCUCGCGAUCGAGUCCAUGACCGCGCUGCCGGAGACGCUGAAUGGCGACUCCAUGCGCCCGGUGCCGCAUAUCAAUAGCGCGCAGGCGGACAAGCUGCGCGGGCAUCUUGUUCUGGUGAACGAGGAUAAUGGGGAGAUUGUUGGGCAGCUGGACCAGCGGCUCCCCGUGCGCGAGGACCCUGCGAUGCGCGGGUCGAGAGAUCCCGUCGUGGUAGAGGUCCCCGACGAGGCGGGGCUCUCCGAGCACGACGCGAAUGCGAGGGAGCUGUUCGUCAGGGCCAUCCCGCCCGAGCAACAGAACUGGAUGACGAAGGGCGCGGGUCUGGCGAGUUAUGCCAUUUCGACGGGCGCGUCGCUCAUCGCCAAGGGCAUGGGUGUGGCGGCCGACUACUACGUUGCGCACGGCGCCAAGUCGCCUGACCAUCCUGAUAAUAGGGCUCUGACGAAUGGCGCCGACGGCUCUUCUACCAACGCCUUCGACGGCUCUUCUACGCCCACCGCCAAACCCGCGCUCCCUCCUCGGACGACCUCGCGCACCAUGACCAUGCUCACGUCCCCACGCACGCGCCAGAACAUGCAGCGCGCGCACAAGUACACGGGCACCGCCGUCAAGGCGAGCGCGAAGACGGUUGCGGCGGUCGACGAACUGAUACGGCGCGCGGUGUAUGGGAAGGAGAAGGCGGGUGCGAGCUCUGCGUCCGGUACGGCGGGCAAGGGGAAGGGGAAGAGGCUGGCUGCUGCGGCUGCGGCGAACAGUCAGUCUGCACCGGCGGGCUCGGGGCUCUCGACGCCAAGCGGUUAUUCGACUCCGGGAGGUUACUCUACACCCCCUGCUGCUGCUUCGUCGACUUCGUUAGCGGCGCCGCCACCGUACACCCCUGGGCAAACCUACCUUGCGCCGGAGAAGCCUAAGCUGCCUCCCAGGCGGUCGCCGUCGCCGGGUGCGGCAGGCUCGGUCCCGUAUCCCGUGUACACGUCGGGGAAGGGGGCGUCGGCACCAGCGUCGCCAUACGCCACUAGCCCCUCGUCCUAUGCCCCGAGCUCGGUACCGCCGUGGACCUCAGGCCCGCCGUCGCCGCAUCCGGGGUAUGGGGAUGGGAAGGAGACGGGUCCGCCACCGCGGGGCAUGUCCGGGCCACCCCCCGGCGCGCCUGGUUCGGGAGGAUCAGGAGAACCAGGCGCACCCCCGCCUCUCCCGCCGCGCGAGUUGAAGACGCGAGACCGGGUCCUGCUGUCCGCGGACCUCAUCCUGUCCACCAUCGACGACUCGACGCGGCAGCUCAUCGAGGCCGGGGUGGUCAACUUUGGGAAGGUGAUGGGGCAUCGCUACGGCAAAGACGCCGGGGAGACCUCCACCAUGGCCGCGCGCACGGCGCAGAACGUCGGGCUCGUGUAUAUCGACUUGUCCGGUCUGGGGCGCCGCGCGCUCAUCAAGAGGGCGGGGAAGCACUAUGUCAAGAGCAAGUUUGGCGGGAAGAGUAAGACGGAGAAGGCUUAGGGCGCUAUAUGAUGCGGGAUGAGCGUAAUGACGAGGUCCGAACUGUAAGAUCGUCGGACUCAAGGAUAGGACUUCGAAUCAAUGUAUCGCGGAUCAAUGUGUACUUUGUGCAGGGAGUUCGAGGGCUGACCUCGACAAGCGGUCAGCAGUAGUCACGCAAAAUUUCUGUGCGGUACGCAGUCAGGAGAAGAUCACCUGCGCUUGCCUUGGGGACACUCAAUUGAGGGAUUUAUGUGGCUCUAUAGUGUGCACAUCCUGUCGCUUGCCAGUGGCCGAGGAACACGUAGUACAUGCGCG